GACUGAGUUACCAGGAACGCUUUAUAACCUCUGGGAUUUCUUUCAAGGCCACGCAGUUCAGGACACAGUAUUCUGACCCCCUAAGUAUUUACAGGAGUCAUUCUCACCAUCUCACUCCAGCUCUCUUGACCCGGAGCCAUUCUUUGCUUUUUCAGAAAACAAACGGGAUUAAAGUCCAGGGCUGGGACUUCCUCCUUGGGGUGUUUGACAAGGACUGACGUACUCUAGGUCCUUUGAAUCUCGGAAGUCCAGGACACACCCAACCUUUGGUGCAGCAUCCUGUAUGCCGGAGCAUAGCUAAAAGGACUGAAGCAAACAUCUCACCAUGAGGGACCCACUGACAGAUUGUUCGUAUAAUAAAGUAUACAAGAACCUAAAGGAGUUUUCUCAAAAUGGAGAAGAUUUCUGCAAGCAGAUCACAUCCAUUCUUCAGCAAAGGGCAAAUUUGGAGAUCAGUUAUGCCAAAGGACUUCAGAAACUGGCAACCAAACUCAGCAAAACAUUACAGAGCACAAAGAAAAACUGUGUUGUCAGUGCCUGGGCCUGGGUCUCGGAGGGCAUGAAGUCGGCAGCGGACCUGCAUCAAAAACUUGGCAAAGCAAUUGAGUUGGAAGCAGUAAAACCAACUCAUCAAGUCCUGAGUGCACAUGAAAAGAAGAGAAAAUCACUUGAUAAUGAAGUUGAAAAGACAGCAAAUCUUGUCAUUAGCAACUGGAAUCAUCAAAUUAAGGCCAAGAAGAAAUUGAUGGUUAGUACCAAGAAGCAUGAAGCGCUUUUCCAUCUUGUAGAAAGCUCCAAGCAAAUUACGACCGAGAAGGAGAAGCAGAAGCUCCUCAAUAAACUGAAAAAAUCAACUGAGAAGUUGUCAAAAGAAGAUGAAAAUUACUACCAAAAAAACAUGGCCAGCUGUUCUACCAGACUGAAAUGGGAGAACACACUGGAAAAUUGCUUCCAGAGCAUCCUGGAGCUGGAGAAGGAAAGAAUUCAACUCUUAUGCAAUAACUUAAACCAGUACUCACAACAUAUUUCUGUUUUUGGCCAAACCCUGACCACAUGCCACACGCAGAUCCACUGCGCCAUCGGCAAGAUAGAUGUCGAAAAUGAUAUCCAGGCUCUCGUGGAAGAAACCGCAGUUUCAUCUACAGAAAAUAAAUCUGAGUUCCUAUUAACUGAUUACUUUGAAGAAGAUCCUAAAAAUGCAAUGAGUAAAGAGCGACAGGCAUCUUCAAUAAAGUCAAAACUGUUGAGACUGCAAAAAGAUAUUGAAAAAGCCUCGCGAGACCAGGAAGGCCUGGAACGAAUGCUGAAAGCAUACUCCAGCCACCCCUGCUUCUCAGACACAGAGAGCCAAAAAAGCACAGCAGCCUUAAUGGACGAGAAUAACUUGAAACUAAUGCUUUUGCAAGCAAACGCCUAUAAACUGUCAUCCGUCUUAGCAGAACUUGAGCAAAGACCUCAACCCAGCCAUGUCUGUAGUAACUCCAUCUUCAAAUGGAAAGAAAAGCAGCAGACACAUAGUUCUGUAAAAAUAUCUCGGCCUUUUCUGACAAAGAGAUUAGAGAAUGUUGUGAGCAGGUCAUCUUCUGGUGGGCAGAGAAUUCCAAGUUCUUCAUCUACAGCCUCCGGUGUGACCCAGCUCGGCAAUGGGCUUUGCAAGGCCUUAUAUUCUUUCCAAGCCAGGCAAGAUGACGAACUGAAUUUGGAAAAAGGUGACAUUGUGACUAUACACAAGAAGAAAGAUGAAGGAUGGUGGUUUGGUUCUUUAAAGGGAAAAAAAGGCCAUUUUCCUGCUGCUUAUGUGGAGGAACUCCCUUCAAAUGCCGGGGACACAUCUUCACAAGCGUAAGCAAGAUUCUGAAGGCAUCGCCUUACACUCUGUAAAUUAUACAAUGUGGUGCAAAUAAAGACAAAUGCUGUGAUCUUCUGUCUUUCUAACUGGGUGAUGGUGAUGUGACCUGCAUGUCACAGUGCUUUGCACUUCAUUCUUUGAAAGAGUCAGAAGAUUGAGAGUAAAGGGAGGUGGGAAAGAGGCCUGAUGGCUCCUAGAGUUUUCUAAUUCUAAGAGACCCUAGAGAUAACCUAAUACAGCCUCUGCUCACAGAGAGAGAGAAAACUGAGUCCAGGGCAGUUCAGCCUGAAGUCAGUCUUCUGGUAGCACAACAGAGAUUAGGACACAGAUGUCUUUUUUCCUGGGGUCUUGGGUGGAAAUAGCCACAGUAGGCCCACAAGAGGUCGAGCAGUGUCAGGGAGAUGGGGAAGAACACAGAUCAAGUCCAAGAAGAGCUUAGCAGAGACAGGCAGGCAAGGCACCAGUGAGACAGACCCAGGUUAAGGACGUUAGAAUAAAGGACCAGGAGCCAAGGCAAAGAGGCGGUGUGGUCGGAAGAGAGGGUGGUAGACGAGGACCAUGUACCGGGCAGAGGAUUUCAGGGUAGAAUGGAGUACCAUCCUGAGCCAAUGACCUUCUGAGGUACCCUCUACCCACAACCAGAACUGCUCUUAGAGUGAGGUCAAGUGUGAGCCAGAGACGGCUGGGGAUCAGAGGAUAAGAGCAAGGCAGAUAGGAAAAGGUUAGGAAGGAGACAGUGCCAGAAAUUUCAUGCCUCCUUGCCCACUUGGAAACUUCAUACGCCAAUUCAGAAACCAGGAAUUCUGCACUUCCCUUCCAGGUCACGAUGAAAGGAAUACCCUAAGCAACUUCCUAGUGAAAGACACUUUAAGUGCUAAUGAGUCUCUAGUUUGGAUGGAAAGUUCUAGAAACUAGCAUUUACUUGUCAAAAUGGAAAAUUUAGAGAGAUUUAUGCUGCUUCCUCAAAUGCCCUAUAACGGGAAAAGGUUGAGAAUGAGAAGGUUCCCCUCUUCCCGAGGGGAACAUUUUAAAAUGAAGAGAAGUGGUACAGCAGCAUCUUUCAGAAAAUGACCUAAGUCAGUCUGGAGACCACACUCUCCAUUGAAUGGAAGGUCAAGGUACUGAUGAUAAUACAUCUGGGCAGAUUUACUUUUGUGCCAAAUAGACAGUCUGGCAUUAAAGGAGUAAUUAAAACCCAUUCUAUUACUCUCCUGCCCCCUACCUCUGUUUAUUUUUUUUAUCCUGUCAAAUUUUAUAUUUUCACAAAGGAAAUUUUCAAACCAAGGUACAUAUAUUUUUUUAUACUCUGCACCAUUACACUCCUAUAGCAGGAUAUAACGAACACAUAGAGAUAUUUAUAGAUACAGAUACCAGACCCGAAGGAGCACAAGUAAAAUUUGUUAUGUGAGACAUAACUUACAGCCUAGAACAGAUCAGAAGUUUUAACGUCAUCCUUAAUGGUGUAUUAAUGAAGACUUUCCACACGUAGGAAGUAGGCUGAAUAAUAGGCCAUUAGACCAUGAACUGAGAUUUUGAAUUUACAUUUCCUCUUCAUCUGACUUCUUUCCAUUAAGCCUUGAUGGAUAAAAAAAUUGUAUAGCAAUUGACUGUAGCCUACACUCGAUCAUUUGUAUAGAGAAAGUGAUGAUAAUGGUGGUUGGGCCCUGAAACUCUUUGGAAGUAAUUUUCAAAGAAGGGGGGGGGGCCUCUCUUUCUUCAUAAAGCAGUUUUACUUUGUAAAGACAUAAAUGGUUUUCCUGGUUUAAAAUGUUGCUGCAAAUCCUUUUUGCAUCUGUGAUAUGUAAUUUUUAAACUUCAAAGAAAUACUAUAGUCUUAAACCAAAUAAAAAUACAAAUAUUGUUGGGGAUAACAGACUUGGAUAUCUUUUUAGAAGGGGAAGAACUUUCUGGCAGGACAGGUACGGAUGGUACUCCUUAGAUUUAGGUAAAAAUUAAGUGCAUAUUGGUAAGAAUAAUGAUGUGCCCAAGUCUUCCACAGAGACUAAAAUAAUUUUUAAUAUGAAUACUUUUAAACGUUUAAUUGGGCUUUCUUAAUUAUACUCCACUAGGCAGUUUUCAUAUGUCAGAAAGUUUUUAGCAACAUUAACAACCUGAAAUAUAGGCAGUAGAGGGAGGUCUGAGCCAGAUUUUCACUAAAAAUAUCAAAAGCAUUACUCUGUCUUCUUUCAGGUAGAGUAAAAGCUUACUAUCCAUUAUCCUGUCAACCAGAAAGAUUAAUUUUUUUUUGCAUUUUCAAUUACUCAUAAUAAUAUUCACAAUGAAUAUUAUGAUCCAUUUGGAUCCAUCAAAAAGUAAUACAAUAUUUAGUUUGGGUUAAAUUUUAUUGUACAGUAUCUUUAGGCUUUAACUGAUUAGUAAUUGGAGCAUAAUGUAACUUGUUCCAGCUUCCAAGAAAAAGUCUCCCCUCCCCCAAAGUCUUGAUGGCCUUGGGGGUAAUCAGCCUAAUUUGGAGAAUCAAAAUAACAACACAUCCCAUUGCCUGUGGCAAUGUUAGUAGGAAAAAUGUCUAACUCAGGGAAGAUGGGCCUGGGGGCAGGGGAUCACGAGAAGGUGGGAUUUUGAAGGGCAACAGAAGUUACCAUACAGAGUGGCUGGGGCACUAUCACUCUGUCACUUCAAUACUAAAAAGACAAUGAACCCUUUUCCUCAGAGAGCCCUUAGUCUCUCUUCUGAAAGGGAAACAGACCAGUAAACACAAUACACUGUGAUAAAUGCUAUAACAGGAGUAUAUCAAGAAGGUUAUGAGAACAUUUAGGAGGGGCAUUAAUUAGGAUCAAGGAAGUCAGGGAAAGUCCAAACUGAGCAGGAGUCAGGCAAGUGGGAAGGGUGAGGUGGAUGCUGUGGGCAGAUAAGAAAGUACUGCACGUAACCCCUGGAAAAUACACACGUAAAAAACUGAUUACAUACGAGGCCACAAAGUAAGACUCUAGAAACUGUGUGACCACAAUGUAAGUUAGAAAUCAUUAAGAAAAGGUUAAGUGAAAAAACCCUGUGUGUUUGGAAAACACAUAUGUAUGUGUCCCUGCACACAUACAAAUGCACAUGUGCACACACUUCUAAAUAACACAUGGACAAAGAAUAAAUCUUAAUGGAAAAUUUUAAAUGUUAGAAAUAAAAAAUAAGAAAGUUACUACGUAUUAAAACCUGUAGUUUCAGGAAAGCAGCUUAAAAAAAGUACUAUAAGAAAAAGGAGAAAGGCUAAAAUUAAUGAAUUAAGCAUCCUAAUUAUGAAUUUAUGAAAACAUCAGAAACAACCUAAAGCAAAUAAAAGAAAUGAAAAAGAUCAGAAAUUAAUGAAAUAUAAAACAAAAUAAGGGGUUGAACAAAGCUAUCCAUUGGUUCUUUGAAAGGAUUAAUCAACUGAGCAAACCUCUAGCAAAAUUAAGAAAGGCAUAAAUAAAUAUUACUUCUAAGAAAAAAGUAGACAUACUACAGAUGCAGUAGAUAUCAAAAACUAAAAUUAUAUAUUAUCAACAACUUUAUACCAAUUAAUUUGCAAAAAAUGUCAGCAAAAGAGAUAAACUUCUCAAAAACAUAUGCCUUAUCAAAACUCAGGAAGAAAUAGAAUAACUGAAUAAUUCAGUAACUAUUAAAAAAAUGUAACGAGCAUUCUAAAAACAUCUUCCUACAAAGAAAACACAGGCCCACAUAGUUUUAUAUGUGAGUUCAAAAACAGGAAGUCUUAUUCAAACUUUUUGAGGAAACAGAAAAAAAGGAACACAUCUCAACUAUUUUCAAGGGUCUAGGACCUAGGAUAACUGUGACUCCAACAUCCCAUGAAGUUUAUACAAAGGAAAAUUAAAAGCCAAUCUAAUUCAUGGCUAUAGAGGUAAAAAUUUAAAACAAAAGUUUCACAAACUGAAUCCAACGUUAUUAAAAACGAAACAAAACAAAAAGGAUUGCACACCAUGACUAAGUUGGAUUUAUUCUAGGAAGGCAAGUUUAAUUCAACUUCUUUUUUAAGCCUAUUAAUAUAAAUCUCCUCAUUAGCAGAUACAAGGUGAAAAUCUAUAAAGAUACAGAAAAACAUGAUAAAAUCCAACAAACAUUCAUGAUAAUUACUUUUAGUUAACUGAAAAUAGAAGAAAACUUUCUUGGCCUGGUCAACAAAAAAGAAAACAGCAAGUUUGGGAAACUACACAUAGUGCAGUCUGGCCUGAUAGAAAAUUGAUGCUCAGAAGAUUAAAUGACUUGCCUAACAUCAUGUAUCAAUUCUAA